AUGUUCCUAAAAAUUCUCAGUGGAGCGCACUUACUAAAAUCUGGAAAAUCCUACAAGCUGAAGAAGAAUCCAAAAGGGAACAGUGAUAAGAAGGUUCAUGCCGCAAUUCUGGCUGACCAGAAGGCCGCUCAAGACGCCAUCAAUCCAACUCUCAACGAAAUUGCAUCUGAUAAGCAGAUUCUGGCAAAAAAUGACGAUAGAAGUCAUAAGAUCUCUUACGCCAAUGUUCGUGUAAUCCCCCACGAGAUGAGCUUCCCACAAAUUGGAGGUUUGAAGCAUAUUCGUGUCAAUAAUUCAUCAGGAAAACGGAUUGCUUAUAUGGUCAAAUGCUCGGAUAAUAUGCUAUUCAGUAUCAAUCCAGUUUUUGGAAUCAUUGAAACUGACCGAGAUGCGCAGAUUAAUAUUUUGAGAGAGAAUGGAGAGGCUAAGAAUGAUAAGCUGGUUAUCAUCACGGCAGCGCACUCUGACAAGAGCAAGACUGCUGAACAGACAUUUUCGGAUCUCCAUCAUAACAACUCCCACAACUACAACAUCAAUGUGGUUCCACUUUUGACUCAAUGA